AUGGGUAACUUAGAGUGGCAUGAGGCUGGUUGUGGGUUUGGAGUGCAGUGGCUUGUUGGAGGUGGGAAUGGUAGGAGAUCACGUAUUCCUACGAGUGUCUCCGAUGAAGGGGUUCAAACGUUUCAAAAAAAGGGCAAGUUAUGCCUUAGGUUCACAGGGCCUUUUGAGAUUCUCAAAAAGGUUGGACUAGUAGCGUAUCGUCUAGCCUUGUCUCUAACACUUUUAGCAGGUCACAACAUGUUUCAUGUCUCUAUUUUACGAAUAUCCAUUUUAGAUCCCACUCAUGUGCUGAGCUAUGAGAACCUAGAACUUCAGCUGGAUUUAUCAUACGAGGAACAAUCAGUUCAUAUUUUAGACAGGAAAGAUAAAGUCCUUCGAAACAGGACCAUAACUUUGGUCAAGGUGCUCUGGAAAAACACUAAAGUGGAGGAAGCCACCUGGGAGUUGGAGUCUAACAUGAGGGCUCAAUAUCCAGAAUUAUUCAUGUUAGAUUUUGAGGAUAAAAUCCUUUUCACAAGGGGAUAA